AGAUUGAGAUCAGACAUGGCGGGUGAUGCCAUCAUGGUCGUGAGAGGCCUGACCAAGCUGAGUAAAGCAGUCCUAGAAACCCAAGCGGGACAGCUGCGGCAGGUGCUCCUCGGGGGCGAUGCAGUCACCAUUGCAAGGACUCUCCAGGCCGCUGCUGAAGAACAGUUCAGUUCUGCCCUGGGGAAAAUGCAGGAACUAGGCAAACAGCAGGAGAACUUAACUGAUCUCAGCGAGGAUUUUGGGAAAGACUAUGACUUCUCAGCCCGAGAGCCAUCAGACGCUGCGAUGGACUUCUCCACCGCCCCCGGCAAGCCUCACGAGCACAGCGGUGAAGGCCCUGCUCACUCUUACACUACAAACGGACCUUUUAGAGGUGUUGGUGAGACUGGAGAUUCUGGCAUGGGUCAGAAGCCUUUCCCUCCCAAAAUGGAUGCAAGGUUAUUUGGAGGCUUUAGGGACCCUGGAAAUCCUUUUGCUGCUGCCUUUGGACAAAACAGGGCUUUUCACCAAGACCAUUCCUCUGUUGGUGGAUUAACGGCUGAAGAUAUUGAUAAAGCCAGACAGGCUAAAACAGGUUCAGAGCAGAAACCCUACAAACAGAUGCUCAGUGAGCGGGCCCGGGAGAGGAAGGUUCCCGUCACACGAAUUGGACGGCUCGCCAACUUUGGAGGACUAGCUGUUGGUCUUGGCAUUGGGGCGUUGGCUGAAGUUGCAAAGAAGAGCCUUAGACCCGAGGAACGCAAUGGAAAGAAAGCGGUGAUGGAUUCCAGCCCGUUCCUGUCGGAGGCCAAUGCGGAAAGAAUCGUGAGAACUUUGUGCAAGGUCCGGGGAGCAGCGCUGAAGCUGGGACAGAUGUUAAGCAUUCAGGAUGAUGCUUUCAUCAACCCCCAUCUCCAGAGGAUUUUUGAGCGUGUACGUCAGAGUGCUGACUUCAUGCCGAUAAAGCAGAUGAUGAAAACUCUGAACAACGAUCUUGGCCCCAACUGGAGGGAUAAACUGGAGUCCUUUGAAGAACGCCCCUUUGCUGCUGCUUCAAUUGGUCAGGUUCACCUGGCACGCUUGAAAAAUGGGAAAGAAGUUGCCAUGAAAAUCCAGUACCCUGGAGUCGCCCAGAGCAUCAACAGUGACGUUAACAACCUGAUGACUGUCCUGAGCAUGAGCAAUAUUCUCCCAGAAGGUUUGUUCCCUGAGCAUUUGAUUGAAGUCCUGAGCAGAGAGCUGGCUCUGGAGUGUGACUACCAGAGGGAAGCGGCCUGCGCAAGGAAAUUCCAGGAGCUGCUGAAAGACCACCCCUUCUUUUAUGUCCCAAGAGUAGUAGAUGAGCUGUGCAGCAAGCACGUCCUGACCACAGAGCUGGUGUCUGGCUUCCCCUUGGAUCAAGCUGUUGGGCUGAGCCAGGAGAUACGAAAUGAGAUCUGUCACCACAUCCUGGUCCUGUGUCUGCGAGAGCUGUUUGAGUUCCGGUACAUGCAGACUGACCCAAACUGGUCAAACUUCUUCUACGACCCGCAGUUGCACAAGGUGGCACUGCUGGACUUCGGAGCGACGCGAGGGUUUGACGAGAAGUUCACGGAUGUCUACAUCGAGGUGAUCAAGGCAGCCGCUGACAUGGACAGAGAGAGAGUCCUGAAGAAGUCCAUAGAAAUGAAGUUCCUCACUGGUUACGAAGUCAAGGAAAUGGAAGAUGCCCACCUAAACGCUGUCCUCAUCCUGGGAGAGGCUUUUGCGUCUGAGGAACCUUUUGAUUUCGGCAAUCAAAGCACCACUGAAAAGAUCCACGGUUUAAUCCCAGUCAUGCUGAAGCAUCGGCUUGUCCCUCCGCCAGAGGAGACCUACUCCCUUCAUCGGAAGAUGGGGGGUUCCUUCCUUAUCUGCACCAAACUGAAGGCCAAAAUUCCCUGCAAAAACAUGUUCCAAGAGGCAUAUAGCAAAUAUUGGAGCAGCAGGGGCAAGAAGCCAGAGGAGUAAUAAGAAUGAACUAAUGAUACCGUGUUCGGAGGGCGCAGUUCCCCUGAGCCUUGCAGAGAGCGUUCCAGCCUCCCAUGCGUUGCACCCCAGCUCUCCAUCCUCUCGAGAUGCAGCAGCCUGUGCCCUGGAAGCCGAGUGUGCGUUUCGCAAGGAUCAAGCUGUUCUUGCCUGCUGUGUCUGUCCUACGCUGACUGCCAGUGCGGGAACCCGUCUUCAGUGCUUCUGUGCCGUCGCAAGGCGCCAGCCGACAACCUUGGAUGCGUUUUUAACGUUGUGAUGGUGGCUGCAUAGUGAUUGGGUUUUAUAAACAAGCAGGGGAAGCAGGACGAGAGCAGAAUUUAAUACCGAAACCUGUUUGUAUUUCUCCAAA